CAGGUUACAAUUAUAAAUGAAAACGCAAUUUGAGGAAGUUAAAGAUUCAAAAAACAAGUUUAUACAGAUAGAUAUGUAUAUUUUAACUACAAAAAAUACGUCUGAGCUAUCUUCACGCUGAUUAUUUUCAGAUAUUCUCUCUUAUUGUAUUUCUUUCUGUUAUAAUGGCGGAUGAAGCUGUCACAUAUAUUAGAAAAUUCACAGAGAAACUUGAUGAAAGUCAUCAUGCAGUUGAGGACUUAUUCAAUAACGAGCUUAAAAAGAAUCUAACAAGGUCUGGAAUUAUGGAUCACAGCCCAGAAGAAUGUGAUAUCUUAAUAGAAGAGUUAAAUAAAGCACUGGAGGUUGUUGAAAACAAGGUGAAUCACACACUUAUACACGUGAAAGAUCACCUGAAACAAGCCAAAAUAGACGCUUUAGAGAGGAAACUCAUGCACUGCACUUGCGUUGUGAUGCGUCAGGAUGCCAAAAGAUCAAGGGAUAAAGAGAAAAAGGACAGUGGUAUUGUCUCAACAGAUUCAAGAGUGUUUUCUGAUCCAGGUGGUGCCCCAGUUGUUCAGCCAUCAAAAGAAAAUGAUGCAGAUAUGAGACCUUAAUCGGUAUUUUUUAUGAAACUUGAUAUCAAAAGAACGCAUAGAGACAACAACAGCAACAGCAUUUACAUUAUCAUUCAAAGUUAGAGAGCACAGAAUGUUGAAACUGGUCGGUUUCAGUCCACUGACAGGUCGUUUUGUUAGGGAGUCGUUUCGGCAUCAAUUUGACAAGAAAUUUCGGCACUGAAUGUCUCGAGCCAAAAAUUCAUAUGUGUAUGAAUAAUGUGAUGUUUUUGAUGAUUUAGAGCCUUGUGACAUUUUAAAUUAUUAUUGAUAUGUUUCAUGGACAUAUUCGAAUAUAUACCGAUUAUUGAAUAAUUGAUUUUUUCGCCACAAUAUAAUCGAAAUAUCUGUAAGUUCUAGUAUUAAGAAUACAGGUAUAAUAGAACAUAUCCUAAAAUGAAAAUAAUUCCAUUCGAAGCGCAUAUGUGUUACUGUUCCAAUAUACACUAUUAAUAACAAUUAUAUAUAUUUAAUAGAUUCUCUGGUCGAGGAUACUAUUGUGAAAUAUGAACAUGGUUUGUGUAACAAAGUGAGGUUUGGCCCAUUAAGCUAGUUGAAACUCCUCAACAGUGUUUUGCCAUUGAGCGUACAAUGGCGAUGCCCUCUUGUGUCCACUUUUCGUGUACAUUUGUAUCUAUUUGCUACUAUCAUAUCAUUUGUUUUUGUUAAUGUGUACAUUUGUUCAGCGGCAGUUCACGUGUAUAUAUUUGCAUGUACCCCUAUUUCAAUUUGAAUUGCUGUAUCAGAGGCUGCUUUCUUUGAUGCUUUUGUUUUAUUCGUGAUGUAUCUAAUUGUGCAAUAUUUCUGUUAAUUACCCAAACACGCUCCGCGUUGUCAGAUACAAAUACACCAUGAUUUGUUCAGUUCGCAUACAGUUUUAAAAACCAAUACAGGCAACAUUAAAUAUUAAUUUUAUUAAUACAAUGUAGCUGUUAAUUCACAAUGUAUAAACUGCCCUUCAUUUGUAUGGAACCGGGGAUUUGAGGAUGGGGAUUAGAGCUAAAGAGGUUUUACACAUUAAAAUACUCAUUGUUUUCUAUUAUAAGACACGCUAAAAUACAGAUUGUCUUUUCGAAAAUUAAUUAAAGGAAUCUCAUUUAUAUUACACACAAUACCAAAUAAUUCAGUAAUCUUUAAAAUAUCAAUUUGUCAGUGUAAAUAUUAGAUAGCAUUUAAGGAAUGUUACGGACUUCGGACACUAUCAUAUGCUUCUAGCCUACAUUUUGAAUGCAAAAAUUUCAUUAAGUAUGUAAUCAAAUGUAAUCAAUACCCAAAUCGUUUUGAAUCACAUAUAAACCAAUGUCACGGUGUAUACCCAUAUCGUAUCCCUCUCUGUGCAAAAUGAGAAAACGGAUCCCUCUCUGUUAGCGCACAGGACACUUUGUUGUAAACAAUGGCAUUCAACGCCGGCGCUUUGCCAGGGAGGACUGAAAAUAAACUUUUUCGUCCCGAACAAAGGUUUGCGCAUAAAAAUAUAUAAUCCACGGAAGGGCAUGGGGAUCUACCAUUUCUUUUUUAUCGUUAUAUUUGUUUUAUCCGUUGUCACAAUCCUAAACGAAGCUGGAAAGUAGACCGAGGGUAUUUGCUCGGAUAAACAUCGUGCCGUGUUUAUGAAACUUAAGUACGACUUUUCUUGAAUAUAGCAAAUAUUUAGUACCUUAGAUGUGAUCCCAUAUUACCUCUAAAUACACUUUAUGUGGUUACUAUUCAUCAUGUUUCCUUAGAAACACCCUACUUUCGAUUUCGUUAGUGCACGGGAUCCCUCUCGGUCGGUUAUAUUUUGCCUCACAGGAUCCAUCUUGACUCUCUGCAGCCGGCACGGAAACCCUCUCCGACAAAAUUUAUAUCGGCACCGGUUUGCCUCUCAAUUUAACGUUACUUCAGUGUUAAGAUAAUAUGAGAUGGUAUUCGUAUUUAAAAAAGCAAUACAAUAAUAUAGAAAUGCGUGUCCGUGCGAACGGGGGUUGUUAUAUUUGUUUUGGUACAGAUUUGCCGAUGAAAUGUCCCUCUAGACUCUUUGAAGUGGUGUAUUAGAGAAACUCUAAGCUUUUCAUUUACUGACAAACGUUCUGUUCGGGUGUAUACAUUGUUUUUAAUGAUAGCCCAUGUACAAACAGAUGUAAAAAUAUGUGGUAAUCAAAUUAUCUAAAAUGAAUAUAAAAAGUGUUGGUUAGUUAACAUCUUGGAACACCCUGUAGUUAUAUGUUUUUGUUUGUUUAAAAAUACUGUUCCCCCCUUGCAGCAACAGAACGGUUACAGAAAAUGUGUCUAAAUAAUAUCUACAUAUGCUUGUUAAAUAUGGUUAAUACAUGUCGGGGGGUGGGAGGGUGAGGUGGGGGACAAUGUUAUAUAAAGAUAAAUAGCUUUUAUAUGUCCAUAACAGGGUACGUAAUUUUAUUUAGAGCAAAAUAUCACUGUUUUACGAAACAAAUAUUGAAAAUUUCACUUCAAGAAAUAAUCUCAAGUGUAUAUCUUGAUGAUAAUUGUAAUUGAAUAUUUAUUUCUGAGUAGUUUAUGUUUCAGUCUUGGAGAAGGCAAAUUCAUACAGAAAGUGUCCGAAGUCCUUUACCAUUCGACGUUUGCUAUGUUCAGCUGUAAUUGUUUUUGUUCUUAUAGUAGAUCUAAUUGUUUGGUUUUUGUUAUUAUUUUGACAAAAGGACAUUGUUUCGUUUACUAAUAAACUUUGAUAGUGUGCCAAUUGACCUCAGUACAUUCGACACUGUUUAUUUUCCAAUACAGGUAAAUCCAAUAAUUUCUUUACAAUAGAACUGUGACGGAUUAUCUUUGAACACCUCUGGACUUAUUGGACUCAACUGCCACAUUAUCAAAGCUUAUUAGUAGAUAAUUUUGUUUACACCUUUUUGUGCAGUGACAAACAUAGACAUGUAAUGCUUUUGUACAGGUUUUCAAUUGAUUGUUGUUAUUUACGCAGGUAUUACAUUGUAUAGAUAAGUUUAAAUUGUUUUCAGUUUUGCACGAAUACUUUUUUUAUAUCUAGAUAUUUUAUCUAUUGUUUUGGUUUGAACAUAGAUCAACGGCAUCCUUGUAUAUUCGCCUGUAUAUGUAUUACCUUUGCAUCACUGCAUCAUAAUAAAGUGAAAUAUUACUCCGUA